AUGAAGGAAAAGCUGGGAUUUUUAGUUGGGGUUUGGUUUCUUCUUUGUGGGGUUUGCGUGGGGAGGUUCGUGGUGGAGAAGAACAGCUUGAAAGUGACUUCUCCGAGCUCGUUGAAAAGUGUAUAUGAAUGUGCAAUUGGGAACUUUGGGGUUCCUCAAUAUGGAGGAACCUUGGUCGGGACUGUGUAUUACCCGAAAGCCAAUCAAAAGGCAUGCAAGAGCUUUGAUGAUUUCGAUGUCUCAUUCAAAUCGAAGCCUGGCGGUCUACCAACCUUUCUUCUUGUCGAUCGAGGAGAUUGUUUCUUCACACUGAAGGCAUGGAAUGCACAGAAAGGUGGAGCAGCCGCUAUUCUCGUUGCAGAUGACAGAAAUGAACCAUUGAUUACUAUGGACACUCCUGAAGAAGAAAAUGCGGAUGCUGAUUAUCUGCAAAAGAUCACAAUUCCCUCAGCCCUUAUUAGCAAAUCUCUGGGAGACAGCAUAAAAAAUCUCUAUCUAGUGGGGAGAUGCAAUGAUGAGUGUGGGCCAAAGUGUGACAGCCAGAUUGAGUUUGUGAAGAACUUUAAAGGAGCAGCUCAGGUACUAGAGCGGAAGGGUUACACUCAGUUUACUCCCCACUAUAUAACUUGGUACUGCCCAGAAGCUUUUGUUUUGAGCAAACAGUGCAAGUCUCAGUGUAUCAAUCAUGGGAGGUACUGUGCUCCAGAUCCUGAGCAAGAUUUCAGUAAAGGUUAUGAUGGGAAAGAUGUUGUGGUUCAAAAUCUCCGUCAAGCUUGCUUCUAUAAAGUGGCCAAUGAAAGUGGAAAGCCAUGGCUUUGGUGGGACUAUGUCACUGACUUUGCCAUACGUUGCCCAAUGAAGGAGAAGAAGUACAGCGAAGAGUGUGCAAAUCAAGUUAUUGAAUCCCUUGGUGCUGAUCUCAAGAAGAUAAAGAAAUGUAUUGGGGACCCUGAGGCUGAUGAGGAGAACGCAAUUCUGAAGGCCGAACAGGAUGCACAGAUUGGCAAAGGCUCCCGUGGAGAUGUUACAAUAUUGCCAACUCUUGUAAUAAACAGCAGACAGUACAGAGGGAAAUUAGACAAAGGAGCUGUUCUCAAGGCCAUCUGUGCCGGUUUCCAAGAGACCACUGAGCCUGCUGUUUGUUUAAGUGAAGAUAUAGAAACAAAUGAGUGCUUGGAAAACAAUGGAGGUUGCUGGCAGGACAAAUCUGCUAACAUUACUGCAUGCAGGGAUACAUUCCGAGGAAGAGUGUGUGAAUGCCCUACUGUGCAAGGCGUAAAGUUUGUUGGUGAUGGUUAUACCCGCUGCGAAGCUUCAGGAGCUUUGCGUUGUGAAAUUAACAAUGGAGGUUGUUGGAAAAAAACCCAAAAUGGCAGGACUUACUCUGCUUGUCGUGAUGACCAUACAAAUGGUUGCAAGUGUCCGCCAGGAUUCAAGGGUGAUGGAGAGAAAACAUGUGAAGAUGUGGAUGAGUGCAAAGAGAAGGUCAAUUGCCAAUGCGCACAAUGUAAAUGCAAGAAUACUUGGGGCAGUUAUGAGUGCAGCUGCGGUGGUGGUUUACUGUACAUGCGAGAACAUGAUGCAUGUAUAAGUAAAAAUGCUAGCGUUUCAGAGUUUAACUGGGGCUUCAUGUGGGUUAUUAUUCUCUGUUUGGGUGCUGUUGGAGUUGGGGGAUAUGCAGUGUACAAGUACAGAAUCCGGAGAUACAUGGAUUCGGAGAUCCGGGCGAUCAUGGCGCAGUACAUGCCAUUGGAUAAUCAAGGAGAAAUUCCCAACCAUGUUCCCCGUGGGGAUAUCUGA